AGUUAAUGACUACAGGAGCAUUGCAGGGAUUAUCUCUUUGUCAGGGGAAGGAUUAUGGCGAGGGAGAUGUAAAAUUUUAUUAUGAACAUCCGCCGGCAAUGUUUUUCCACGUUUUUUUGCCUAGAAGGGGUACGUCAUAAUAUUGUACCUAUCUAGCCAGUAUUGCCGCUAGGAAUCCUCAGCUUGCCCCUCCUUUUGGCGUCUCCUCGGAAAGACAUUCGGCCGAGCAGCGGUCCUAUCGCGGGCAAUAAUGGGCGACAUUCCGCAGCUGAUCAGAAUCGCCGUCGCCCUUAAAAUACAGCCCAACGACGGGCCGGUGUUUUUUAAAGUGGACGGGUCGAGAUUCGGACAGAACAGGACGAUCAAGCUGCUAACUGGAUCAAAGUACAAAAUCGAGGUGGUGGUGAAGCCUGGGGCCGUGGAGGCAACCACCAUGAGCAUAGGCGGGAUAAGUUUCCCUCUGGAGCAGCAGUCCAAAGACCCCCAGUCGGUGGUUUAUAACGGGACCUAUGACACCGAGGGAGUGACGCACACCAAAAGCGGGGAGAGGCAGCCUGUCCAGGUCAGCAUACAGUUCCCGGAGGCGGGCACGUUUGAGACCGUGUGGCAGGUCAAGUACUACAAUUACCACAAGCGGGACCACUGCCAAUGGGGAAACAGCUUCUCUAACAUAGAGUACGAGUGCAAGCCCAACGAAACCCGCAGUUUGAUGUGGAUCAACAAGGAGAUGUUUGUAUGAGGGUGGGUACCCGACCAAGCCACGCUCGGCAAGGGUACCACCAGCAUCUGAACCCCAGCGGAAACGCCAGCACACGCCAGCAUGAAGCCUUAUCCAACGGUGCACACGUGGAACCAAUAAAGUUAUCGCCUGUCUCCUGUCUUUGGCAGAGCUGAGUUCACAGCUAGCCGACUGGGGACGUUUAUCAGUUGACCUGUUGUGUGAGUGGACACUGUGUUUUAGUUUUUUUCCGCUCAGUGGUUCAGUACUUGUGUUCUGUAAACUUUGUGUAUGAUUAUUUAUUAUUCUUAUGAAAUAUUAUCCUCCUUUAUCUGCUUACGAACAGCAGAAGCAGAAUGGAAGCUGCGGCAGACAAAAAAGAAAGUGUCAGACAAGUUCUUUUGUUAGGUGACUUAUUUAUUAAUGAUACUUUGGGGUCACAGGAUGGCAGCCUGGCAGCUUUUACUCAAUUAGUGUUGCUCUGUUGUGAAUUGUUUCCAGACCUAUAUCACAAAAAUAUAUACUGAUAUUAACAGGGUAACAGCCAAUGUGUAUUGUAGUUGUGAUUUUUUUUUGUAGUGAAAUUAUUCAUACUUAUUAAAUUAUUAGACAGUUUUGAAAGGCAACGAAAAACUCAUCAGAGACAAGAUGUGAAAAUGCUGGCAAAGCAUAACUGCAAACAACUCAGUUCAAUAAAACAGGCUAUUUGAUUCUC